AUGGUGUCAGCGCGCUCGCGUCGAGCGUUGAGCCGACGGUUGGGCGUGUGGAUGCAUUUUUGGAGCCGAGCUUCGACGCAGCCAUCGCAUCUUCUCGUCGCAGCACGCGUCGCGACGCGGGUCGAUCUGCCGCAUCGAACGCGGUGGGUGCACUGUGGGUAUUUUAUCGAUCGUGAAACGCGAAGCAGGUGGCGUCAGCGCGCUCGCGUCGAGCGUUGA